AUGCCUCCAAUGUCUGAUCAACAGCAGCAGCAGCAGCAGCAGCCGACACAUCCAGAACAACUACAGCAACAACAAGAGUUGGCAUCAUUGUCAACAACUCCACCUCCAACAUUGCGACAGAGUCAAUAUAUAAACUCACCUUUAAUAUAUAGACAGAAUAGAGACAAGACACAUCAAUCAUCAUUCUUUGAGAAUUUCUCAAACAUGUUUGUAAAGAAGAAGAAGAAGAAGAAGGAUAAGCCUAUACCUCCAAUGGAUUUGACAACACCUGAUGCCACGCCCGCCACAGCCGCUGCAGCAAUGGCACACGACCUCGAGAAUCCAGAAACACUGUCACAGCCACAUCACCACCAUCACAGACGUCCAAGACGAGCGCCAUCAUCUCCACGAGCAACACCAUCGAUCCGAACCAGCAACAGCAACAACAGCAACAAUAUAGUCAAUAUUAACAACAGUAAUGAUCAAAUAAUCACCUCUCCGACAAUGACACCACGCAAUGCCAAGUCGGGCACGAAUCACGUCAAACCAAAUCGCAAUCGCUCGCGCAAGUCGCUUCGGUCGUCCACAGCCUCCUCGCUGGCAAUGAAGCCCAACCUCACAUCAUCAAACAAUGGCAAUGGAUAUUACAUGGACAGCCACAUCAUCUCGGACAAGACCAUCAUGAAGCUGAAACACUUCUUUCGAUACCCCUGGAUGGUCAUCAAGAUACUGAUAUCGCCGCACCCUGGACUCGUCUACCCGUCCAAGGUGAUCAAGCGACGUGCACGCAUCUUCCUGAUGCUGUGCAUGCUGUUGGCAUUCGCCUGCAUCAUUGGCACGAUCUUUGUCUCGGAGAUCUGGUACAUCUUUGCGCCGGGCAUCCUGAUAUGUCUGUUGUUGUACAUCUUUGCCAAGUUCACCACUCAUCAUUAUAUAGCCAGCUUCCUGCUGAUCGCCACGGCGGUAGCAAUCAACAUCACGUCACUCAUAGUAUCAUUGAACAAACUAGAGAUACCCUAUGGCAUCAUCCUAUUCUCCUGGGACACGAUGAUCCUCAUCGCCGUGUCCAUACUAUUUCCCAAGCUGGGGCUUAGCAUCCUGACCCUUCUGGCCGUCUCCUUCUCCUACAUCGGCCUUGCCAUCUACCUCUCAAUCAAACAACAAUAUAGACUAUUGGAAAACUACAACUCAAUUGGAGAACAACUGCGAAGUAUAUUUGUAACAUUGUUGUUGUUGUUAUUCUAUACGUUCAUCACAUCGAUCGAUUUGUUGGAGAUUGAACGCAAGGAAGCAAGGAUACAGAGUUUGUUCAAGAUCAGCAAUGAAGCAUUGGUCGUACACAAAGGAGGAUACAUCACAGAUGUCAACCCUGCAUUCGAAUCAAUGUUCCAGAUCAAGCUACAAGAUAUACUAUACCCUGUGCAAAGUGGAAUAUGGGAGUUCCUGCCCGAGCUGGAAGACUUAUUCUACGACUCGACGUUGGAUACGCUAUUCCCGCCCGUGAUCGAAACCACGGCGAUAGAUGCAGGUGGACGUGGAUUCGAGGUGGAAGUGCGAACAAACAAGGCAACAUACGCAGGCAGACCUGUGGAUGUGUUCUCAAUCAUCGAUAUCACAGGUAGAAAGAAUCUGAUCGAAGCCGAUGUUGCCCUGAGGAAGGCUGAGGCUGCCAACGAAGCAAAGGUUGCGUUCUUGACCACAAUAAGUCAUGAACUAAAGACACCUAUCAAUGGAAUCAUGGCAUCUUGCGACAUCUUGGAGAAGACUCACAUGGACAACACUCAGUUUGAAUUCUUGGACGCUAUCAAACUGUCAGCGGACUACUUAUUGAGCUUGGUGGUGGAUAUCCUUGACUACAGCAAGAUGGAGGCAGGCAAGAUGGAACUGGUGCUUCAAGACUUCAGUUUGCUCAAGAUGUUGGAGGACUCGCUCAGCAUGGUGUCCAAGAGUGCAGCGAACAAACAUCUCGAUCUGGUCCUCUUCCUCGAGUCCAAUCUUCCAGUGCUUCUACACGGCGAUGCCACCAGAGUCAGACAGGUGCUGCUCAACCUCAUAUCAAACGCAAUCAAGUUCACCGACGAGGGCCAGAUCAAGGUCAGGGUGAGGAUGGAGCGCGAGAACAUCCACACUAAGGACUACAUCAUCCAAUUCGAGGUGGAGGACUCUGGCAUUGGUAUCAAGGCCGAGCACAUACCUCAGCUGUUUGCUCCAUUCUCACAGGUAGACAGCAGUAACUCGCGACGCUACCAGGGUACUGGACUCGGACUGAGCAUUUCCAAGAGGCUCUGCAACAUGAUGGACGGUGACGUGACGGUCAAGAGCCACUUUGGUCUUGGCUCCACGUUUGGAUUCACUGUUAAGCUUGGCGCGCCAGUGACCAAACCUGGCUUCACUCUCGAGACAAUGGUGGAUGCGAUGUUCAGAGGCGAGAAACUGAGUGGAUUCGACACACCUCUCGUCGGACCGAGGAAGUACGAGAGGAGCCUUGUGGGCAUGGUGGUGGACAAGAACCCAUGGGUGAGGAAGUCCGUCAUUCAGUACUUCUCCAUAUUGAACAUAUCAUGUGUGGAGUUUGAUUCAGAUGUGGACUUUAGAACGUUUGUGCAAGGACUCAACACUCAGCAACCAACAUCCACGAACCCUGUGUACAUCGUCGUCACUAGCAUACCCGAGUUGAACGCCGCGUCCACCAUCAUCAGUCCUACCAUCGACAUUCAUUGGAUCCUGCUGACCACGGACGCCACCGUGAAGCACUACAACUUUGAGAACACCAUCCAAAAGACGUGCAAGUUCACCGACAUUAUCAAGUGCAUGUUCCAGGUCGACAAGGACAACUUUGACUUCUUCAACGAAUCACAGAUUGGCAAGCGAACCGUAAUGGAGAUCAACUCGGCCAAGCUUGUCAAAUACCCAUCGCCGCCACCAAUUGAGAAGUCGGGUGACAGCAUCGAGACGUCGCCAACCUUCAACACCAACUUUGUAUCGUCCGAGUUCCCCCCUGGCACACCCGGCGAGUCAUCAUCUGGAAUCAAUAAUCGAUAUGCCCCGCUCACAUUGUCCGAGCGAUUGUUCCAGCCCAAGAUGUCGCCACUGCCCAAUCCUCUACGACUGAUGGGCCGUGAUCCCACCGAUCAAGACCCUCCUCAAACAUCUGAGAAGCAGGUGAUGUUUGACAACCAGGUCACGUUCAUCCCCCCGCCAUUGAUGAGCUCGCCAUACGAUGAUAAAGAGAAUCGUGUCAAGAAGGUGAGCACAGAGACACCGAAUAUGCAAUCCGCCACUGAGGAUCCAACAAUGGCGGCAGACUCGAACAACAACAACAACAGGGCAAACAUUCAAGUACCGACCUCAUCGAUGGUAUCAGCUGCGCCCACGACCACUGCUACAAGCUCAUCAUCAUCUUCAUCAUCAACGACGACAUCGUCAGCGCAAACACAUUCACAAUCUCAAGCACCAGCUCCUAAAGCAGUAGUAGAGACAAAAAAGGAUUUGAUUUUGUUGGUGGAGGACAAUCCAAUCAAUGUCAAGGUGUUUAGCAAGUUCUUGACGAUGGGUGGAUACAACUUCAAGUUGGCCAAGAAUGGUGUGGAGGCCGUAGACAUGACCCAAAAGUUCGACUUUGACCUCGUUCUCAUGGACUGUCAAAUGCCACUCAUGGAUGGUUUCCAAGCAACCAAGACAAUCAGAGAAUUGGAGAGUGCUGGAAAGAUCAAUCCUCCACCUAUGAAGAAGACACCAAAGUUGAUCAUUAUUGCCUUGACUGCAAAUAAUGAGGACAGACAAAAGUGUCUCAGUGUUGGAAUGGACGACUUCUUACCAAAACCAGCGAGUAGCGCAUUGGUGAUCGCAGCAAUCAAACAAUAUCUCGAGGUUGAUACCAAACAGACAGUAGAGGAAGAGAAGAAAUAG